AUGUUCCACUUUCUCUACUUUUUAAUUUAUCUGGGCUGUUUGAUUGGAGGUGCAUGGUGUGUUUCGGAGGGAGGUGAUAUCUUGGGUGAAAAGUAUGAUGCUUCUGUUGUGGGUGGUAUUAUUUUGUCCGGAUUGAAUACAUUACCUGAAACCAUCUUUUUUAUAUCGGCUCUUUCUUCCAAUCAACCAACGUUUGCUAUGGGAGCCAUCUCGGGUUCAGUGAUUGUGGUUUGUACAGUUGCAGUAGGAUUAUGUGUGGUCAUUGGAUCCAACGCUCGGCAUAAAGAUUCCAACCAAAUCACCUUGUUCCCAAAGGUUAAACAACAAUCAAGAUUUCUCAUGUACAGCUUGGUAUUUGUGUUGAGUACAUUAUUAUUUGGUUUUCAAAUGUUGAUUUGUAUUGGAGGUGUUCUUGGAUUUACAUCCUUCAUCAUGUACACUCUGUUGAGUAAAAAAGAUGAAGCACACGGGCAUCAUGAAGAACAUGAAGAUGAGGAAGAAGAAGAACAACCAACCUAUAAGGGUGUGCUCUAUCUUGUCGUUGGAGGAGUAUUAAUUUAUGUCUUUUCAGAUCCAUUCAUUCAAAGUGUUGUCCUUAUUGGAAAAUCUCUUGGAAUUACUCCAUUAACUUUGGCCUUCUUCUUUGCUCCAAUUGCAAGUGAGGCUCCUGAAAUUUUGGAAUCUAUUUCAUUGAGUAGACAAGGAAAAUUGCAAAAUAUUAACAUUGCAUUCAGUAAUUUGGUUGGAGGUACUAUUUCCAAGACUACAUUGUUGACUGGUAUUUUGAGUUUUUAUGGCUACAAUAGAGAAUUUGAAUGGCUUUCCCCAGCAUAUACAUUGAGUCUCUUUUUAGUUUUGACAUGUGCUGGUGCAGUAUCAUCCUUUGGUUUUGGUGACAAGUUUAGAGCUAUUCAUGGAUAUGCACUUCUCUCGUUGUUCAUAAUGAGUUGCUUGACACAAUUUAGUAUUGCAUGGUUUUUCGGCUCUGGAAGUGUUCUACAAUCUGCAGAGUUGGAAUAG